AUGGACGGUCUACAACUCAGAGAUGAAGCCGUUCGCGAUCGCGUUCGCGCAGCCCAAGAAUUCCUUGAUCCUCUUGAUCCUGCUGCUACUCGAAGCUACAGAUCAGAAAUCAUUUUGAUGCUCCAGAAGUACCAGCGAAGACUCGUAGUUAGUAUCGAUGAGGUCCGCGCCCACAAUGUCGAGCUCGCAGAUGGUCUCCUCCAGCAGCCAUUUGAGUUUGCCCAAGCCUUUGACAGAGCCCUUCAUGAAGUCAUCAAUGCGCUCCCCAAUACCACUACCAAGCAGACAUCAGAAGAUACUAUGUAUUAUUGUGCCUUCUCGGGCAGUUUCGGACAAUUUGCCUGCAAUCCUCGAACUCUUUCCUCAACACACCUCAACCAUAUGGUUUCUCUCGAGGGCAUUGUGACAAGAUGCUCCCUUGUUCGGCCCAAGGUCGUCAAGAGUGUGCAUUAUAAUGACAAGAAGAAGAUUUUUCACUUCCGCGAGUACAAGGAUCAGACAAUGACUGCCAAUGGAGCAAGCACCUCGAGUGUGUACCCACAAGAGGACGAGGAGGGCAAUCCUCUUGUCACAGAAUAUGGCUAUUGUACCUACAGAGACCACCAGACCAUUUCAAUACAAGAAAUGCCUGAGCGAGCACCUGCGGGACAGUUGCCACGGGGUGUCGAUGUUAUUCUGGAUGAUGAUCUGGUCGACAAAUGCAAACCUGGAGAUAGAGUCCAGCUUGUCGGAAUUUAUCGAUCUCUCGGAAAUCGAAAUGCUGGUCACAGCACUGCACUUUUCAAGACGGUGAUCCUUGCGAAUAACGUUGUCAUGCUAUCUUCGAAGUCGGGAGGUGGAAUUGCGGCAGCAACCAUCACUGAUACCGAUAUUCGUAACAUCAACAAGAUCGCAAAGAAGAAGAAUCUAUUCGACCUCCUCUCGCAAUCUCUGGCUCCCAGUAUUUACGGUCACGAGUUUAUUAAGAAAGCUGUUCUCCUCAUGUUACUUGGUGGUCAGGAAAAAAACUUGGAGAACGGUACACAUUUGAGGGGUGAUAUCAACGUAUUAAUGGUCGGCGACCCCUCUACAGCCAAGUCUCAAAUCCUGCGAUUCGUACUUAAUACUGCACCGUUAGCUAUUGCCACAACUGGUCGUGGGUCCUCCGGCGUUGGUCUCACAGCUGCUGUUACGUCCGACAAGGAAACUGGAGAGCGAAGGCUCGAAGCAGGUGCUAUGGUUCUCGCUGAUCGUGGUGUGGUAUGUAUUGAUGAGUUUGACAAGAUGUCAGACAUUGAUCGUGUCGCCAUACACGAAGUUAUGGAACAACAAACCGUUACAAUCGCCAAAGCCGGUAUUCAUACAUCAUUGAACGCACGUUGCAGUGUUAUUGCUGCUGCAAACCCGAUCUUCGGACAAUACGAUACUCAUAAGGAUCCUCACAAGAAUAUUGCUCUUCCAGACUCGCUACUCUCCCGUUUUGAUUUACUCUUCGUAGUCACAGAUGACAUUGAUGAUGCACGGGAUCGUCAAAUUUCAGAGCAUGUUCUCCGCAUGCAUAGAUACCGUCAACCAGGCACAGAAGAAGGGGCGCCUGUCCGAGAACAGUCUCAACAAACCUUGGGGGUAGGUGUCGAUGAAGAGGCUGAUGUCAAUCGACCUACGGACGUGUUCGAGAAAUACAACCAAAUGCUGCACGCAGGUGUAACAGUUACCACUGGUCGCGGCUCCAACAAGAAGGUUGAAGUUCUCAGCAUCCCCUUUGUGAAGAAAUACAUCAAGUACGCCAAGUCAAGAAUAAAGCCAGUCUUGACUCAAGAGGCAUCCGACCGCAUCAGCGAUAUUUACGUCUCCCUCCGAAACGACGAUAUGCAGGGCAACCAGCGGAAGACGAAUGCCAUGACUGUCCGUACAUUGGAAACUAUGAUACGUCUAGCAACCGCGCACGCCAAAUCCCGUCUAUCCAACCGUGUCGACGAGGUGGAUGCUCUUGCUGCCGAAACCAUCCUCCGAUUCGCACUCUUCAAAGAAGUAAUCGAAGACGAAAAAAGAGGCAAGCGCCGCAAGACCCGUCCCCUCGAGGACGAAUCCUCAGGGAACGAGAGCUCAGACUCCGACUCCGAUUCCCCCCCUCCUACAAGCCGAGCAGGAACAUCACGUACUCGCACUCCAGGAACGGCGCGGACUCGUGGUAUUGCUGUACCGAAACGGAAUGGCGUUAAAGGUUCUAGCUCUCGCGCUGCUGCUGAUGAGGAGGAUGACGAUGUGGAAGGCCUCUACGAUGCCUCCCCGCGCACAACCCAGCGCUCACGCCCGGCUACAAACGGCACCGCUCCCACACAAUCCCAAACCUCUUUUGCCUCCUCGCUUCCCGCAUCCCAGCUACCAUCUCAAUCCCAAGAGGAAGAUUCGGAACUCGCUGACGGUGCCGCUGCUUUGUCCAUUGAGGGCAUUACGCCUGCUCGUUACACUGUUUUCCGCACGACGCUUGGGCAGCUGCUGGAUACCCCGCUGUUUGAGGACGAUUCGGCCGAGGUAGACGCCAUUAUGGCGGCUGUUAAUAGGUCGGUGGGUGGGAAUGCUGGGGGUGCGUAUGAGAGGAGCGAGGUCGUUGCUGCGUUGCGGAAGUUGGAUGCUGCGAAUAAUAUUAUGUAUACCGAUGGCGAUCUUGUUUACAAGAUCUAG